CACUCAGACCAGCUCUGCCCUCACACCUGCAAGAUGAAGGUCUCCGCAGCUGCCCUCCCCUUCCUCAUCCUUGCUGCUGCCCUUGGACUCCCCACCCAUGCAACUUUCCGGCAUAGAUCCCCGACCCCUGACGCACGCCACACCAGUGACUGCUGCUUCUCCUAUGGUACACAAAAUGUCCAAUGUGAAUUCAUGGAGGAUUAUUAUGAAACGAGCAGUAAGUGCUCCCAGCCUGCUGUCAUAUUCAUCACCAAGAGGGGGCAGCAAGUCUGUGCAGACCACCACAGUAGGAGAGUUCGGCAUUGUAUGGAAGACCUGGACUCAGCUAAGAAACAGAGAAAAAGGAUUGGUUGAGGAGAAGCCACGGUAGAUGCCAUGCACCCACCUCCACUCUCUCACCUUCCGGGAGUUUCUUGGCCUGAAUUCUUUUCUCAAAAGCAACAAUUAUUGUUCCACUUA